AUGGCUAAUGAUAAUUUUAGUCGUAAUCAAUAUCUGAAACUCCUCCGUUUAAUGAUUCCAGUAGCAGAAACACACGAACCAUGUAAUUGGUGUUGUGGAGCCAGAUACCAGCCAAACUAUAGAGUUUACAAGUCAAUGAACAAUAACUUUUGCUUCCUUAAUAGAAGAUCUUUCCUCAAGUACAGUGGCUUCAGAAAUGCUCAAAAUGUGCAUCUUGACGGCAUGGAAGAUAUCACACCUGAAGGGAUCCUAAGGUUAACAAACACGAAAACAAAACAUGUAGUUGGCCACUGCUUCUACUCCAAUCCAAUUCAAUUCAACAGAAACUCUUCAUCAUCAUCAUCCAAUGGUACCAUUACUACUACUACUACUGCCGUCUCCUUCUCUACUACUUUCGUCUUUGCCGUAGUAUCGGAGAGUGAAGUAAGCGGUCAGGGGCUUGCCUUUGUUAUAGCACCUACAAGAGAGCUACCUGGAGCUCUAGGAAACCAAUUUCUUGGUCUUUUUAAUGUGGAAAAUGAAGGUAAAUCAGCAAACCAAGUUUUCCCAGUGGAUCUAGAUACUAGCAAAGAUGUUGAGUAUGACAAAGACAAUAACCAUGUUGGUAUCAAUAUUAACGGUUUAAAGUCCGCUGAGGCGAAAUAUGCUAGGUACUACACUGUUGAGAACGGUGGCUACAAAAACUUGCUUCUUAAAAGUGGGAGAAUCAUGCAAGUUUGGGUGGCAUAUGAUGGGUCACAGAAGCAACUUAAUGUAACAAUAGCUCCAAUUCAGGUAGCCAAACCAGAUGUUCCUUUGUUAUCUUUCUCCAGAGAUCUUUCAACUAUUCUCUUAGGCAACAGGUCCAUGUAUGUAGGAUUUUCAUCGUCUACACGAACCGCGCAAACAUUUCACUACAUAUUAGGAUGGAGUUUUCAGAUUAAUGGCGAUGCCCAAGAUUUCAAGCUCUCUACUCUUCCCAAGCUUCCAAAAGGUAAACCAAACAUUUUGACAAUUGUGUUGUCAGUAGGUAUCUCAAUUGCCGUGUUAACAGCGAUAUGCACUGGCAUAUUUUUCUUCUUAAGGAAGAGAAAAUUCGCGGAGUUGGUAGAGGACUGGGAGCAAAUUUAUGGGACGCAUAGAUUCACAUACAAAGAUCUGUACAUGGCUACAAAUGGGUUUGCAGAGAAAGAGAUUAUAGGGUCGGGCGCCUUUGGUAAGGUGUACCGAGGUGUAUUACCCUCUUCUAAAAUGCAAGUUGCUAUCAAGAAUAAAGUCUCCCACGAUUCAUCUCGUGGAAUGCAGCAAUUUAUUGCAGAAAUUGUCAGCAUAGGCAAGCUUCGCCACCGAAACUUAGUGCAACUCUAUGGCUAUUGCAGGCGGAAGGGAGAGCUACUUUUGGUGUAUGAGUUCCUGUCCUGUGGAAGCUUAGAGAAAUUCAUAUUCCCUUCUCGUUCGGGUGCAGCAUCUUCGUCUCCAAAAGUUAUACUUAAUUGGACUCAAAGAUUUGAAGUCAUCAAAGGUUUAGCUGCAAGACUAGUUUAUCUACAUGAAGAAUGGGAAAAGGUUGUGAUUCACAUAGAUGUGAAGGCAAGCAAUGUUUUGUUAGAUGUCGAAAUGAACCCAAGAUUGGGUGAUUUUGGUCUUGCAAUGUUAUUUGAUCAUGAAACAGGUGAUUCUCUUACUUCUAGGAUUGUUGGCACACCGGGUUAUAUCGCACCAGAAAUGACUAGAAGCGGAUUUGCAUCAACCAGCACUGACUCAUACUCGUUCGGGGUUUUCUUUCUUGAAGUUGUUUGUGGGAAGAGACCAUUAGAGAUAAAAACAGACUUUGCAGGUGAGCAUUUGGUUUAUCUGGUAGAUUGGGUUCUGUCUUGUUGGAGGAAAGGCACAAUUCUUGUAACUAUUGAUCCAAAUGUAAAAAGUGAUUAUGUAGCAGAAGAAAUGGAAUUGGCUUUGAAACUUGGGUUGCUGUGUACUCAUACUAAUUCUGAGUUUAGACUAGGGCUGUCAAUGGAUUUAUGGGCUCUUGAGACAAGCGAUACAAUUAAUCAAGCAUUCACGCGUCCUGGAGACUUGUAUCCUUAUGGUAUAGACAGUACAACCACUGCACUAUCUUCUGCAACCGACGUGUCAGGCUGUCAGCGAUGUCCAGAGCUAAUAUAUAAUAAUCCUUACAAAUUGAGGGCUUCUCAAUUAAGAAAUGAAAUAUCAGAGGUGUAA